UCCCUUCCACCACCAUCCAACUAGGUCAACGGAUUGGGCUUCAUAACAUUUCUGCUGGCUCGUGGUCGCUUCUCAUUGAGAUCUACGUCGCUCACCUUCAGUUAAGCCCACGUCUGCGGCAUUCACAAUUAUAUCUAUCGUGUCUUAACUCUACCUCACCUGACUUGUUGCCUGCCCUCGGCUGUUCUCUCCCCACGCCAGCACCUUCACGAUCAACAUCUUGCUUUCACAACGACGCAUCCCAUACUUGACACUGUUGACGGGAAGUAACGAAUCAUUCCAGAAAACAUUGCAAAGGGAGAUUUCAAGAGCGACAGUGAUAGGCGCGCAUCAUGUCGAAAGCCUCGGUGGGCGACGUCUAUGCCAAAGUCAUCAGCGAUGUGUGCGAUCAGUCACGACAGGAUUUUGAAGAAGGUGGUGUUGAGUUGGCCACGUUGGAGUUGUUGAAAGCGGUAGGUCAUACUCUCCUCAUCAGCCAAACCAUGAUCUGGGGGGUAUGCAUCACAAGAACCAUCUCUUCAUCAGAUCAGAGCACAGUUUCCACUGCCAGAUCUCAAUGGAUGAGAAAAACAUUCGUCAAAAAGCAAACAUCGACGGUGGCAGGCAGGCAGUGAUCGUGGAUUGCGUGUGAGGGCGAGGGCGGCGAGACGAGCGAGAGAAUGCGCGGCAGGGGAAGCGGGGGAAGCGAGUGUCUUUGAAGGCCGCAGCCCUUUGACUCAUGCUCUUAAAUACGCCACGACGCCUGCCCAGCCUCAUCCUACCCACUCAGCUAACCUGUUUGGGAAGCCCCCCUCAAAUACACUGCCUCCUCGUUGCAAUUGUAGUGAGACUUUGGGAACUUCUACUGACACUACCCGACAUACAGGAAUGGCAAAAGAAACUAUCAGGCCUUAAGGUCGCUCAACUACCUUGGGACCCCCCUCCAGCACCUCCAAAAGAGCAAACUCUGCCCAGCAAUGCCAAACCAAUCCCUGCAACCCUACCGAGCAAUGGCAACCUGACCAGCACCCCUCCAGCCCAAUCCUCUAUUCCGCCACAGCCAGUCAUCAAAACUGAGAGCAAUGGAGCCUCUCAAUCAUAUUCUCCGCAGCCUCCACACCUUCCUCCCCUGCAGCAGUAUCAAGCCCCAUCGUUCCAGCAAGGUCAACCCAUGACAGCACGCGAUCGAGCAGCGAUGAAUCUACACCAGACAUAUGGUCCCCGAGCCGGUCCCCAGAUUGCACAACUCCAGUCCAACCAGUCCCGUGUACCUGGGCAGCCUCAAGCAACUUCGCCAACCAACUAUAUCAAGCAGGAAGAUACCCAAUCAUUCCCAGGUGUUCAAGACUACUCUCAAAUUAAUCAACCCCUAAGAUCAAGUCAAAACGAUGGCGCGUCUGACGCUCGAGAUGAAUGGGACGCAGAGUAUCUCUCACGCAAAAACCUCUAUGCCACACAUGGUGCCGAAGCAGAUCGACUGAUGCGCGACCAGUUCAUUAUGUCUCAACAGUCGCUUGAAGCUGGUGGCCUUCUUACCCCACUGGAAGCCCGACCUGCUCCAAGAAGUAAUGCCAUACGUCAAGUCAAUGCGUCAGCGUCAGGACCAUCAAGCAUCACCCGUGCCCAGGGUGACGCUGCAGGUGACGAAGACGAUGAUAUCGAUGACGAGGAUGCUAUCAAUUCCGAUCUUGAUGAUCCAGAUGAUCUCGCCGCCGCUGACGAGAACGGCGAGGAGACUGAUCAAGUCAUGCUAUGUACAUAUGACAAGGUCCAGCGCGUGAAGAACAAGUGGAAGACAACUCUGAAGGACGGAAUCUUACGGGUUGAAGGUAACGAAUAUGUUUUUCACAAAGGCCAAGGAGAGUUUGAAUGGUAGGCGGUUGAUAUUGGGUACCGAGUCGCGAUUGUCACUCUCGAGACUCGAUACAAUUUCAGAAGCUACCGAACAACCUGCGAAACGAGACAUGAACAUGUACACAUGUCUCAACUGGGCAAUCCCUGGACAAGCUGUGAGCACCACAUGGCAUAGCGAGGUAGUAUCAACCUAUCUCUAGCCCACCAGGAUAGCUCUGAGUAUGCACUCCUCCAAUCGUCCGGGGACUGGACUGUACUAUGAGAGAAUUGAUUUGGUGAAUAUCUAAACAGACAAUAAAGGCGCACAAGUCGCUGACGGUUGCGGGGGCGGCAGAAAAGCUCAUUAUUGACGUUAGUAAUGGUGGUAUGAGACUGAUAUCCUUGAUCUUCUGCUUUAUGCACUUAUGGUUCAAGUCAAGUCGAAGCGAGUCGGGCUUUGGCCAAUAUUGACAGAUAUGCUUCCGCAAUACCAGAUUUUAUGAUUCAGUUCUGGAAAUCUAAUGCAGCUUGAUGUUGUAUACCCACACUCAUACUAGAAUAUGCAUGUAUAAGAUUGUUG